AUGGCUUUGGCGUCCCCCUCUGCGUCCCCCACGCAGCCCGCCUUACCCUCCGGACCUGCCAUCUUCAAAACCGUCCCCUACGCUUUCAUACUACCGGAGAUAGUCUGCGGGACCUGGGUGUGGAUCCUUGUCGCUGCUACCUCCGUCUCCAGCCCGCUGCUGCAGGGAUGGGUGAUGUACGUGUCCAUCAGCUCCUGCCUCAUCUCCCUGAUGCUCCUCUUCAUCUACCUCUUUGGCUUGCACAAAAACAGUGAGAACUGGAAAGUGCUGGACAGUUUGUACCACGGUGCCACGGCCAUUCUGUACAUGAGCGCUGCUGUCUUGCAAGCCAACGCAACCAUCAACUCUGAGUUCAACUUGAACUCGCCGCUUUACUACCAGCUCAACAGCGCCGCAUCGUUCUUUGCCUUCAUCACGACCUUCCUGUACAUCCUCCAUGCCUUCAGCAUCUACUACCACUGA